AUGGGUGAUAUGAGCAAUCGUGACCUUGGAAUAGAGGUUAAAAUAUUUCUCAAGAACCUCGCAGAAGCUGGAGCAACUCUCUUGAAUAUUAUCAAACCAGACACGAGGGAACUUAAUAUGGAGGAAGUAAAAAUGGGUGACCUUGUGAGGUAUGAGACGCUAAGGCCACUUUUACCCCCUAAGGUUGAGAUUGAGGUUAAGACUGAGGCCAGGACUGAGGUUAAGACUGAGGCCAAGGCUACUCCCUUCCAAGACUUCUCUCAAGAUUGGAUACAUUCGUACAAAAUUUGCGUACACCAAGAACCUCAAGAUCUCCAAGAACCGCAAGGUCUCCAAGAAACACAAGAUCUCCAAGAACCACAAGAUCCUCAAGAACCACAAGAUCUCCAAGAACCACAAGAUCCUCAAGAACCACAAGAUCUCCAAGAAUCACAAGAUCUCCAAGAACCACAAAGUCUCCAAGAACCACAAGAUCCUCAAGAACCACAAAAUCUCCAAGAACCGCAAGGUCUCCAAGAACCACAAGGUCUCAAGAACCACAAGAUCUCCAAGAACCACAAGAUCCUCAAGAACCACAAGAUCCUCAAGAACCACAAGAUCUCCAAGAACCACAAGGUCUCCUAG